AUGCCCGUAGCCUUCCCACCCGCCGGGCAGCAGCUUCCCGGCUACGCCGGCAAUCCUGAUCCGGUGCCCGUGAAGUUCCCACCAGAGCAUUAUUCCCCGGCGCCGGCGUUCCAACAGCACGCCUCAAUGGCUGCUGCUCCUUCACCGGGAUACCCGGUCAGAAGUCUUCCUCCGUCGACGCCGGGGCGGAUCGUCCUGCAGGGGAGCUCGCCUUGGACGACCGAGCUCUUCGAUUGUAUGGACGACCCCCUGAAUGGUAAUAGCUCUCCCUUCUCCCUUCUCCCUUCUCCCUUCCGUAAAACAUCUUCUCUUCUUCUCUACAAGAGCGGACUCACGCGAUCUUCGUCUCUUUGAAAAACUCCUGACAGCCGUCACGACGUUGUUGUUACCAUGCGUCACCUUCGGACAAAUCGCAGAGAUCAUCGACGAAGGCCGUUCGAGUACGUGAAAAAAAGUCAACGGCGCCGAUUUCUCCCCAGAAGUUAAACUUCCGCUCGGGUUCUCUAACUAUGGUUCUGUUCUGAUUCUGCAGCAUGCAACACGAACGGAGUGAUGUACGGCUGCGUGGCCGCCAUGAUCGGGAUGCCGUGUCUGAUAUCGUGCGGGUACCGCUCGAGGCUGCGAGCCAAGUUCGACCUCGUGGAGACGCCGGCGCCGGACUGGGCUGUACACUUCAUCCUUGAGCCGUGCGCCCUCUGCCAGGAGUACAGGGAGCUGCGCAACAGGGGUUUCGACCCAGAAAUAGGUGAGUGCAGAGACUUCUCUGAGAAGCCCGGGCUUCGCACACUAGCUGCUGAUUCUCUGCAACAUUGAAAAGAAUUUAUCUCUAGGGACAAGAGUUCUAGAUUGCUCAAGUAAUUUCUUACCGCAGGUUGGCAUGCGAACGUCGCGAAAAGCCAAGGCGUAGCGUUGACGCCGCCUAAGAAUCAGGCGAUGAUUGGUUGA